UCCUCCGAGACGGUCGGAAGUGGUGAGGCGGCUCCGGGGGCCGUUGUUCAGUGCCCGGGCUGUCUGAGGAGGUUCUGGGUCUGUGGCUGGUUCGUCCGCUCGGCGUUUUUCCUCGGUUCCCGGGAAAGCUAGAGAUGGCUGAAUUUCAAGGUGACCAGGACACUCGACUGUGUGACAACUGCAAAAAAGAAAUUCCUGUGUUUAACUUUACCAUCCAUGAGAUCCACUGUCAAAGGAACAUUGGUAUGUGUCCUAUCUGCAAGGAACCAUUUCCCAAAUCUGACAUGGAGACUCACAUGGCUACAGAACACUGUCAGGUGACCUGCAAAUGUAACAAGAAGUUGGAGAAGAGGCAGUUAAAGAAGCAUGAGGAGAUUGAGUGUCCUCUACGGCUUGCCCUUUGCCAGCACUGUGAUUUGGAACUUUCUGUUCUCAAGCUGAAGGACCAUGAAGAUUACUGUGGUGCCCGGACGGAGUUGUGUGGCAAUUGUGGGCGCAAUGUCUUGGUGAAAGAUUUGAAGACUCACCCUGACGUUUGUGGGAGAGAUGGACAGGAGAAGAGAGACGAGGUUGCCAUGCCAUCUAAUGCAUAUGAUGAAUCUUGGGGUCAAGAUGGGAUCUGGAUUGCAUCCCAACUCAGACAAAUGGAAGCUCUGGACCCACCCAUAAGGCUACCUCGAAGGCCCCUGAGAGCCUUUGAAUCUGACCUUUUCCAUACCAGGACCACCAACCAAAGGAGCGUGACAGCCCGGUUUCCAAUUCAGAAUAAUCUACUGGAAGAACAAGAAAGGCAGGAAAGGAAUAGAAGCCGACGGACCCCCAAAGAGGGUGGUGAAGACAGUGCGAACUUGGACUUCAUGUUGGCCCUAAGUCUGCAGAAUGAAGGCCAGGCCCCCAGCAUGGCAGAGCAGGACUUCUGGAGGGUCAUAUGUGAGGCAGACCAGUCCCGUGAAGGUCCCAAUGCUCUGGAUGACAUAAGGGGUGCGGCUGACGAGACCAUGUUGCCUUGUGAAUUUUGUGAGGAGCUCUACCCAGAGGACCUGCUGAUUGACCAUCAGACAAGCUGUAACCCUCCAUGUGCCUUACCUCCGCUCAGUGUGGGCAGAACUUCCCCCAAAGGGGUGGAGGACCCUGAGGUCAUCUUCCAGAAGUUAAUGCAGCAGGCUGCGAGUAACCAGUUUGACUCUCUGAUGGGGCUAAGCAGCUCGCCUCCUGUGGAGGACAGCGUCAUCAUCCCGUGUGAAUUCUGCGGGGUGCAGCUGGAAGAGGAGGUGCUGUUCCAUCACCAGGACCAGUGUGACCAGCGCCCAGCCACAACAAACAGCCAUGUGUCAGAGGGGAUUCCUAGACCGGAUUUCCAGCCUCAAGAGACCUCACCAGAGCUGCCCAAGAGGCGUGUCAGACACCAGGGAGACCUGUCCUCUGGUUACAUGGAUGAUCUCAAGCAGAAAACGGCUAAAGGGCCCACCUACCCUCUUCCCCCCAGCAGACCCACUAGCAAUAUGACAGCUACUUCGAACUGCCUGUCAACAUCCACGUCAGGCACCAGGACUGCGUGCCAGCCCAGCCCUCCUCGCGCACCAAAGCUCAACAACUCAGACAGCCAGGGCACGCGGGGCUGCAGUCGGAGCAGCCGGAACGGGGCCUUGGCCCCUGGGCACGUUCCAGCCAUUCACCCUGUUCGGAGUCUUUACCCAGAAAACCUUGUGCCCUCUUUCCCUCGUGGGCCUUCAGGGAGGUACGGAGCAAGUGGUAGGAGUGAAGGUGGCAGGAAUCCCCGGGGCACCCCCACAACCACCAACUUCCGCAACAGGACUGCAAAGGCAAAAGCCCCCAAGCAUCAGGGAGCUGGAGACGCGGAGGAGGGGGAGGAGGAGUAGCGGCGUCUGCAGACAGCCUGCGUGUUGGUUCUGCCUCCUCUACACAACUCGCUGCGCUGCAGCCCCGCUCCUCGAGCUCUGCAGGAAGGGGCGAUCUUACAGAUUUUAACUUUUUCUAGGUUAUGGCCAUUUUGUGUCUUUUGAGAUUGUGCUGUGGGAGUUUGGGGGUUUGAGGGAGGAGGGUUAGCAGGGAGGCUGUUGAGAAUGUUUCAGCUUUAGCUGCUGCCUUUUGGCAGCACAGAAAUGUAAGUUACCACCUCUCAGCCCACCAGGGCUCCAUCUUUUGACAUACUGUCACCGCUGCUUCUUGGUGCUGUGUGGUCCUGGUGGAAGGAAGAGAGGGUUCUGGGAACCUGGUACCCACCAGUGAGGUGAUGUUCGUCCCUGCGGGGGCCUAAAUUUGGGAACGUUUGGGUAACCUCUCCUGUAUGCUGCCCAUCCCCACUCUAGAAUUUGGGCCCCUGGUAUGUGUGGAGGAGCUUUGGUAAAGUGUUCAGGCCAGUUGCAAUAUGUGUUAGGAGCACGGCUUUUGGAGAUGAGCUGAGGUGUAGGUGAGUGGAUUAGGUGUUUUGUUUUAAUCUGCUUCUCUGGCAUUUGGCAUCACUGCCGUUUGUUUCUGAUGGGGAGCACGCUUCUUCAUCUUCGCUGCCUUCUGUUGGAGGAGGCCGGGGGCUCGCUUUCCCCCUCAGGGCCGUGCCGGGUUCUGCCCUAAUCUGAACUGAGGCCCAAGCUCUUGGCUUGCUCUGAAGACCAAGUGUCAGAGCCCCCUCCCCCUCUUUUAAUUUUACUAUUAUUAUUAACAUCCUUGUAAUAGAAAUAAAGUUUGUACUUGGAGUUCA